AUGGCUAGUCGAGGAGAAAACACUAUUAGGUGGAAGACAAACAAGCUAACCAGAGUGACCUUGCUGGACACAGGCAGGGAGAGGGAGGGAGCGAAAGACAAAGCAAAAGAGAGGGAGGUUGAUAUAGGAAGAGAGGGAAAAGAGAGGGCAAAAGAGGAAGAGAAGAGAGGUCUCACUAAAUUGAUCGGAGUGCUGUGUGCCUACGCUGCCAACCAGAACCUGAGCUCUCAGGUGAAGAACAUCCGGAGAUUGGUGAACAGCAACAUGAGGGACCUGCACACCUUCGUUAAUGACACGCCAAUGCAAAUUGAUUACCUAAUAUCCCAAUACGCCACAGCCAAGAACAAAGUCAUCUAUGACCUAGAUAAUAUAGGUCCAUUAUUAGGUGGAAGGAUACACGAUCAGCUGGAUAAGGAGGUCCAUCCUGCAUUGGACAGAGUUCUCAAUAUGGCUGGAGCCGUGUCGCCAACUCGCCUCCACCGCAGGCUGAGUAGCAGCAUCCGUCGGGCCAGCGACUCGCAAGCCAAACUCCGACCAAGGCGGUUGGUCCGAAGUCCACUUCAACUCGAAGGGACAAGGAAGGACCUCUUGGAGGUCUGGUUGCGACCUGCAAGAGGUCUCGGAGGAAGCAGAGAGCGUAUCGACUAUUUUGUUUUUGUUGUUGAGAGUGUGCAAGGUUUGAUGGACGGCAUUGGAAAUAACAUCAGCAGCUUCUCCAAAGUGUUCCCUGUGCAGAGUUGCCUUUCCAACUUCACUAUCGCUAUCAGCCAUGCCCAUGCCAAGAUUGAGGAGUACUACCCUGAAAUUGACAAACUGGAUUUCUACAGGUGGAUUGGCUGUAUUGCUCUGUGCUGUAUGGUGGUCCUGGUCCUGGCCUUCAACUACCUGGGCCUGCUGUGCGGCACUCUGGGAUACGACAAACACGCCUCACCUACGACACGAGGCUGCAUCUCCAACACGGGAGGAACCAUGCUCGUGGCCGGCGUUGGAUUCAGCAUCAUCUUCUCCUUGGUGCUGAUGGGAGUGGUGACGGUCAUGUUCCUGCUUGGAGGAAACAUGGAGAAACUUUUCUGUGAGCCUUUCCACACCAAAGAAGUCUUCAAGGUUGUGGACACGCCAUACCUGGUCAACCCAGAGUGGAAGAACUUCAUCCCGGGCUACAUGUACAACGACUCGGACCUGGAGCUGACAGCAGAGAGCUUGUACAGUACUUGCAAAGAGAACAAAGGCAUCUACUCAGCCAUGCGUCUGGACAAACUCUUCAACAUAUCCUCCUUCCUGAACUCUACAGUGUUCACUAAGGAUGUGGUGAGUCAGCUGGACAGCGUUAAGAUCGACCUGAGGGGAAUAAUCCUGUUGGAGCCAGAGGGGAAGCAGAACCUCAUGGAUUUCUCUGACGCAGGGCUGUCAGAAAUCAACUAUGCAGACUACCUGGAAGAGGUCAACAAAGGAGUUACAGCGAUGGACCUGCUCACAUAUGCCAGAGAGCUGGAGGCGCAGACAGACCUCAUGCCCAGAGGCGGUCUGCAGAGCUCUCUGAAAGGUCACAUCGGCACUCUGCGGCAGAUCCACGCUCAACAGGUCAUCCCCAUGGAGCAGGCCAUGAGCGCAUUGAACCAGAGUAUGAGGUUCCUGGAGAGAACAGCUUCAGACCUGCCAAACAAAGUUUUAGCAGUUCUGGAGGCGAUUGAAGCGGCCCAGUACCUCAUCUCCCAGAAUGCAACACAUUUAAUCAAUCAGGAAACGGGAAAAUACACAGCCACCAUUGUUGGCUACUUCAAUCAAUACAUAGAAUGGGUCAAAACUUCACUGGCCUUAGAGGUCGCACCGUGCAAGCCUUUCAGCAACAUGCUGGACACGGCGGAGAUCAUUACUUGCAGUUUUGUGGUCGACUCCAUGAACACCUUCUGGAUGGGCCUGGGCUGCAGCGCUCUCUUCCUGCUGCCCAGCAUCAUCCUCGCUGUGAAACUAGCAAAGUUCUACCGCAGGAUGGACACAGAGGACGUUUACGACGACAUUGAGACAAUGCCCAUGAAAACUAUGGAAAUUGGUAAUAAUGGUUAUCAUAGUGAGAGUUCACAAGGUAUCCCAAAUCCUAUGAUGACAAGCAUCCCUACCUAUGACACUAUGAACAGGUUCCCGCGGGCCUCGGCUCCUCCGAGGCACAUCGACUGGUGACAGAGAGCCGGCUCUGGUUCUGUCUCCUGAAAGUGCCAUCACAAACUGGAACUAAAACACACCAUACGGUUUGUUUCACGAGGCCUCGGACCAGAAGAAGUUCAAUCGAAGCUGGUUUCCUUACAACAAAAGAACACACAAAGCCCUUUGGGUGUUUUUUUGUGUUAUCUUUAGUGAUCAACUCAACCUCCUCAAUCAAGCAGAUCACAGCCUUCGGUACAGAAGCCUGCUCCCCUUCAAAGAAACUGCCUGCAGGAUAUCAAACGUCUCCUUAAUCAAUCCGAGUCUGGCUUGUUCUGCAUUUUUUUUUUUUUUUUUCAUGGAUUUCUGCGUCUGCGUUUACAUUUGUUCAGACAUAAAACUGAGCUGAAGAAUAAUUUCAGCCAGAGGACAAUAACGGUGAUGCCUGUUAUCGUAAUGUACUUGUCUGUGUUUAGGAAGACGGGGACUGAAAGGUCAUCUGAAGGUCAUGGCGAGCUGCUAGAGGAACUGUUUCUCCUGCUGUUAGGAUGGAUCUAUCACAUUCAAAAGACGCUUAUUCUAAAAAGGGGAACAGUCUGUCGUUGUAUCUCUAAUGUGAGGUGCAAAUUAACGUGAAAUCCAAUGUGUUUAGUUGAGAAUGGCACAGCGUUUUCAGAGUGUUUCAUGAUGAGUGAGAACUGAAUGAUAGAAAUAAGGUGGUUAAAAUAGAGACAAGUUGGUCCCAGGUGGAUAUAUAUUGUGAUUAAUAUGAAAGACUUUAGCAUGACUUUAAAACAAAAAUGUUUACAAUAUUACAAAACAUCCAGACACCACUGCUGGUUGCGGGGAUUUGCAAAAGACUGGUUGCCUUUCAGAAGUUUGUUUCAUGCAGUUUUUGUUUUUACAGAUAUGGUCCUUUCUUAAAGGGAAAAUGAACCCACGGAUGCUCUUACACUGAAAAUGUCAAUAUUAAUAUCAGAAGUUUGACCAAAGAGGGAUUUCCAAUGCUCAGAUGCAUUCAUUCAUCACACUGUUUUUAAUGUUACAUGUUCAUCAUCUUGGGACCCCUCAGGUUUAGCUUGGGACCAUUUGGUACCACAUAUUUAGACAUCUGAAAAGCAUACCUCCAUUUAAGAAAUCCUGGUUUGGGCAUUAGUCAAAUGAGUACCAUUGAUACUCAAACUAAUUCAGUAAAAUGCACCAUUAAAUAUAAUGUAACCAACAGUGUAAGCAUUGAGGUGGAUUUUCCCUUUAAUUCAUAAAGUUAGUUUAUAUAUAUUACAAAGUGUCAGGCUUAUAGAUUGUUCCCUAGCUGAUGAAUCGAUUAACAAGCUAUCAUGUUGAGUUCACUAACAUGACACUUUUACUGAGAUGUUUCUUGCUUUCAUAGUGAUGAUAUGUUUAAAGUGGAGAAAUACUUCUCAAGCCAAAUUAUUUUUCUUACCAUAGGUCUCAGUCUUUAGUAAAUGAUGUGCAUAUUCAGUUUGUGCUUUUUAAACCCCACUGUAGCUAUGGAUACAUUCACAGUAUACUGCACAAGUGAAUGUAUUCAAGAGCUAUUUCUUAUUUUUGUAUAACUUGAUGAUGUUGGUUGAGAAAUAUGCUGAACUCUUAUCGAUAAAACGCAUUGGACAAGCCAG